AUGAUGUUUGUUGAAUCUGUCGCCGUAAACUCCGAGCCAUAUGAGCUCAAUAUUCUCAAGGUCGGUUUGAGUCUAAUCAUAUUCUUCGUGCCAUUUUUUCAAUACAUUCAAUUCGCUGGUUCAUGGAAAGCCAAAGCUCAGUGGCUUUCGCCUCCUCGAGUCCCAUUAUUUGGAUCGUUGCCAUUCUUCACUUGCGCUGAUCUCUCUCAGCAGUUUUCAAACUGGAAAGAGAAGUAUGGGUCGACAUUCUUGCUCAAGUUGGGAACUUCUGAUGAAAUCUUGGUGAUCACUGGAUUUGAAAUGGCUAGAGAGGUCUUGCUGAUCAACGGUACAAGUUUUUCCAUCGAAAAGCCAUCCAUGUUCAAUGAUGAGCUCGAACUGAAAGAAUACUUUAGCACCUCUCGGUCGACCGCUUUGAAUACCUACCAGACCCGAAGGCAAUUGAUACACCAAAUAACCAAAAUGAUGUUGCAGUUCAAGAGAAGAGAUUACAUUGACAGGGCAUCUUGUAAUCUGAUAACACAUAUUCAAGAACAGCUUACUAUUUCCCCCAAAGAACCUAUCAACAUCAAAGCUUCGAUCACUCGAGCCGUAGCACUGGUCUCAGUCAACCUCGGUUUCGGCUUACGUUGGUCAACUCAAGAUCUAUUAUCAAAGCAAGAGGGGCGAAGAAUCAUUCGAGCUAUCGAAAUUAUAUUCAGCAAGUUUCAAACUUCAGAUAUACCGACCUUAGUCUUCCAAUCCCUUGCCGACCUCCUUCCGGAGGGAAUGAUGAGACAAAAAGAACAGGCAACGGAAGUGACUGAAGAAUUGCUUCAGUCACAUCGUAGUAUUUGGCGACUGGCGAGAGAUACAUUGGAAAAAGGAGAUAAAGACACUUUAGAACCUUCGAUAGUUCAGGUUUUGCUUACCGAUGAGAAAUAUAAAACUUUGUCUGAAUUUGAAAUGUAUUGUUUGACUGUCACAACAAUUGCAUCAGCAUUCAGCUCUAUAGUUUACACCCUUCAUACAGCUUUAAGAUGUGCCGCAGCGCUACCAGAUUGGCAACAGAAACUUCAGGUUGAGAUUGAUAGAUACCUUGUUGCAAUGGCUGGAAAAAAAGAGACACAUUUUUUGCAAGAAUAUGGAAAGGGAGGUACGACAAAGAAAAUGCCACUGUUGGGAGCCUUUUUGGAUGAAGUAUUGAGACUUUUUCCUCCUAUCAAGUUCUUGACACGAACCGCAAUUAGGGAUGUACCAUUAUCAGAUGGAAAAACCAUUAGAGAAGGACAAAGGACUGUAAUUGCUUUGCAGAACUUGAAUAGGGAUCCGAUUUUGUUCAAGAAUCCCGAUGAAUUUGAUCCAUAUAGAUUUUUGACGGGUGGCAAGUUGAAUGAAACAAAAGCAAUGUGGCCAAAAUAUGGUCAUACAACGUUUGGAGGAGGAAGACAAGUUUGUCCCGGAGCAGACAUGGCACGAUAUCAGGUCAUGUAUUUUUUGUCGCGAUUGAUCGAAAAAUUCGAGUUCAAGAUGCACAAUAGUCAAAGCGGAUUACAAUACUUGAAAGGUCCUCAAUCAGGUGGGAGCGCUUUCCCGGAUUUCUCGUCCAUCAUUAUCACGGGAAGAAGACAUAAUGAUUAAAGAUUUUCUAAAACGUGACCUCAACUGUAAUAAACGUCGUAUAAUAUUGCUCUCGGAGCUACUUUAAAAACAUCUGAGUUCUCCUUGACGUAACUUGCUGUU